AUGGACAUUUCAGGAUUUUUGAAAGAAAAUAAAGAAAGUUUAAAGGAUUUAAAAGAAGAUGAUAUUAAUGAAAUAUUAGAAGAUUAUGAAAUUGAUAAUAUUAAUGAUCCAAAACAAAAAAUAAGAUUUUUCAAACAAGUGGAAAAUACAAGAAAAAGGUUAAAAAUUGAAGAAAAAAAUAGAAUGUUGGAAGAAGAUAUAAAUAGAAUGUAUGAAGAAGAAAAAAAUAGAAUGUUGGAAGAAGAAAAAAAAGAAUUUUUAAUAAAAGUGGAAGAAGAAAAAAAAGAAUUUUUAACAAAAGUUGAAGAAGAGAAACAAAAAUUAAAGACAGAAGUGGAGGAUCUUAAAUCAAUCAUUUUAACUUCUUCAACUAAAAAUGUAAAUAUUCAAUUCGAGACUGUUGGUGAUUUAAAAGGAACAACUUCAUAUUCUGAAUUGUUUAAAAUCAAGAAUUCCCUAAAGUUGAUAGAAGAAAACUGUGAGUUCAAAGAUUGGAACAUACCAAGUGGUAUAGAAUUAAAGAAACAUGUCAUCAAUUUAGAUGAUUGCAACCAAGAAUCUACCAUGCAAUCGAAAUUGGAUGAAUAUUUUAAAGAUUUUAAUAAAAAAAGGAAAUUAAUUAUUACAAAUGGAACGAAAAUAAAGAUUAAUAGUAUAAUAAGCAAUAGGUAUUGUGAUUACUUUAUUAAUCAAAAAGGAUUUCCAUUUGAACCCUAUUGGAUGCACAUGGUUGGUGAUAUAAAGAAAGGUUCAAUAUCAAGUGAUACAAACCUGGAUCAAGUUCUUAAAUAUAUUGAUAUAAUCGUUGAAAAGUCAAAUCAUCAUGUUUUAAACCGUCCAAUGUUUGGUUUCUUAAUGAAUAAAACAAAAAUAAAAUUUGUAAAGUAUGAUAUUGAAAACAAUAAAUAUUAUAUUACAAUCGACUAUGAUUUAAGAAUUGGGUUUCAAUACCUUUCAAAUAUAAUGAUUUACCUCGAACAAUUUAUUAGAAACAUUCCAAAUAGCUUACAAACUAUAUUGAAAAACCAUACAAAUGAUUCUGUCGAAUUUUAUUAUGGCGCAACAUCUUCAGUUUUCAUUGUAAAUAAGGAGUUUGUUUAUAAAUGGUUUAAUUAUCCUUAUUUUUUUCAAACCGAAGUUAAAUAUUUAACUUUUAUUGAUGGUAUUGAAGGUACUCCAUCAAUAAAACAACAAAACCAAACUGAAAACUGGAUUCAAAUAUCACCUAGAGGCCAAUUGAUUAAGAACUUAGAAGGCAAACCCAUUGAUAUUUCCUUUUAUACUAAGGUAUUCUGUCGAAAUACUCAAAAACAUACAUCAAGAGAGGUUAUACAUAGAGAUAUUAGAUUAUCAAAUCUUUUAAUGGAUUCUGGUGGCGAUCCUCUUUUGGUAGAUUUUGGUUUUGCAAAUUUCACUGAAAAUGAAGAAUUCUACCAAGGAACAAUGAAUACUGCUUCAAAUAGGAUCUAUAAUAUUUUAAUAAAUAAUAGAACCAAUCAUGCAUUUUCUGUAGUUGAAUCUGAUGAUUUAGAGUCAUUAGUAAAGGUUUAUAUUAUGGAGAAUGAACAAGCUGUUAAAAGAACUAUCAAAUCAAUACCAAAUUCGGAAAUUGGAUUGUUUCGCACAAUGUGGGAAUUUUUUAAUACAGAAUGCUUCCCCCAAUACUCCACACUUUUCCAGCAAGCCCAAAAUAUAAACUAUGAAGAAUUGAAAAAUGAAUUUAUUAAAAUUGAUAAAAUAAAAAAUACAACCACAACUUCAAAUAAUAACCAAAAUCAUACAAAUAUACACAAAAAUACCAUUGCAAAUACAACUUCAUACACUAAUACCCUUGAAACCUCAACUACUAACCCAAAUACAAAUACAACUACAUCUGAUACAAAUACAAGUACAACUUCAACCACUAAUACAAAUACAACUACAUCUAAUACCAUUACGGCUUAA